ACGUAGGGUUCAGUAUUUUCUGAAUUUGCGGUCGUUUACCACCCAAACACUGCAAGUGUGCCAUUUAACUGUAACCUGGAGGCAUUUGGCACGUGCACCGUACAGAAGAUCCGAGACGUGGGGAGACCUACCAAGUGCUGGAUUUCAUGCGAACACUUGCCUCAGAAAGAUCUAUUGUUUACGUUGGAGGCCAGUCCGCCUAUAAACGCUUAAUGCUUUUCGGUUCAUAAUUGAGGAAAAUUGCGUCUUCAGGAAGAGCGUCGCACCAUAGUCUCAUACGAUGGCAGAGCAGCCAUAUUAAGUGUAGGUUCAUGUGCGGUUUAGGUGGCGAAUUUGUUCAAAACUGGCCACUGGACUGUAUGGUAUUAAAACUCAGUCUGAGGCGUGUUAUUGUUUUUCUAUGGAUUUAUCUACUCAAGUUUUAAGACUAUUUUUAAAGAGUCUGCUUAAGAUCAAUUUAAUAAUACGGAGGUAAAACAUUAGCCUAAAUAUCAACUAAAUAUCGUGUUGCUCGCCAAUCAGACUUAAGCUGUAGGCUGUGCUACCGAGUAAACUACAUUAAAAAUAGGCUAUGCAUAUUUAAGAUAGUUAUCUAAAGUUUAACUUCAUAUCGGUAAAGUCGCUUACAGAAUCAACCAUAUAUCGACAAACUAAUACGCUCUUGUGAGUAUAAGUUGCGAAAAUGUUCCUAAUGUUUGUCGGCUCGUUCUUCCAGUAACAUCCCACUUGCGGACAAGCGGCUCCCCGCAAACUUACUUGUGGGCAGAGUCAGAUUGCAUCACAGACAGGCAUAAAAAGCCCUCGGAAAACACGGCGCAGAGACCUGCAGGUUAGUCAGUCCCUGAUCGCCAGCUUACAGGCAAAUUGAAGUUUGCUGUCAUAUCAAACGGCUCUUCUGCUACUACCGAGAAAUGGAAAUGCAAACGAAAGAAAUGAAAAAAACUAAAUCAAGUACUACUCCUUUAUUUUCUAACAUUAAGUUCUUCGUGCUCUGCCAUGGCCUCCUGCAGCUGACCCAGCUGCUAUACAGUGCCUACCUGAAGAGCAGUCUUACCACCAUUGAACGUCGCUAUGGUUUGAGCAGCUUCUCCUCCGGCAUGAUCUCCUCCCUUCAUGAGGUGGGGAACACGGUGCUGAUCAUUUUCGUGAGCUACAUGGGAAGCUGGGUCCACCGGCCCCGGUUCAUCGGGAUGGGUGGCCUGCUCAUGGCCCUCAGUGCCGUCCUGAUGACUCUGCCUCACUUCCUGUCCGAGCCCUACACAUACUCCGGUUUAGAGUUAGGCAAGCUGGACAUGUGUGAACCCGGGCGGAACAGCACCGACUCGGAGCGGUGCGACGAGGAGGGGACUCGGCGCCUGUCUGAGAGCGGGAACCUGAUGCUCCUCAUGGCCAGUACUCAGCUACUUUUCGGGAUUGGCUCCGUACCCAUCCAGCCGUUCGGCAUCUCCUACGUGUACAACUUCGCCGAGCCGGGGAACUCGGACCUGUACAUCGCGAUCCUCUUUGCGGUGUCCGUGUUCGGACCCGCCUUCGGAUACCUUCUGGGCUCCAUGGUACUGCGGAUAUAUGUGGACAUAGACAGAACGGGACCAGCCGAGGACCUGAACCCUGCCGACCCCCGCUGGGUGGGCGCCUGGUGGAUGGGCCUCCUCAUUUCCUCGGGGUGCCUCUUCCUCACCUCCAUCCCCUAUUUCUUCUUCCCCAAGGAAAUGCAGAGGCAGACCGCAGCUGGGCCCGAGAGCAGCGAUUUGAAAACGGCCCAAAAGACGUCGAACGACUCGCUGAUCGACUUCCUUAAGAUUUUUCCCCGGGUCUUCGUGCGCUUGCUCCUGAGUCCGUUCUUCCUGCCACUGGUCCUGGCCCAGUGCUGCUUCUCCUCAGUGAUCGCCGGCCUCUCCACCUUCCUCAGCAAGUUCCUCGAGCUUCAGUACAGCACCACCGCUGCCUUCGGCAACCUUCUCAUCGGGGCCAUCAAUCUUCCGGCCGCGGCCCUGGGGAUGCUGCUGGGGGGUGUCGUCAUGAAGUGCAGGCACCUCUCCAUGAAGGCCGUGCUCUGCUUCUCCAGUGCCGUCCUCCUCCUCUCCAUCUUCCUGUGUGUGCCUCUUUUCUACAUGGGCUGCUCCACCCAGGAUGUCGCCGGGGUCAACGUCGAUUACGGAUCGGCGGAUCGGCGUGGUGAUAACAGAUCUCAUCCGCUUUGCAUCUCGAACUGCUCCUGCCCGGACACCGCAUUCAACCCCGUGUGCGGCUCAGACAACAGGGAAUAUGUCUCCGCCUGCCAUGCCGGCUGCACCACCUACUCCUUGGACCCCGAGAAUCCGCGCAAGGCCCAGGCUUACAAUGGCUGCCUUUGUAUCCAGGAUGGAGACAAUGUUGGCAGUGUCCGGCCGGGUUCCUGUACCAACAGCUGCCCACACUACCUCCUGCCGGUCAUGUUCCUCAUCUCCUUAGCUGGCUUCAUCGCCGGUCUUUCCCACAACCCCAUCUACAUGACGGUGCUCCGGACGGCACCCGAAGAAGAAAAGUCUUUCACAAUAGGAGUGCAGUUUUUGAUCAUGAGAGUCCUCGCCUGGUUGCCAGCCCCGGCCAUAUUCGGGAUGGUUAUUGACUCCUCCUGUAUUUGGUGGAAGCAGACAUGUGGCACAAAGCUGGGCUCCUGUGGUUACUAUGACAACAACCUCCUUAGAAACAGGUACCUGGGCCUCCAGGUGGCUCUGAAGGUCAUGGGAAUCUUCUUCCUGGGCAUCGUGAGCUGGAAGGUACGGCAUGUCAAGGACAACAGCUUGGAGAAGAAUCCAGAAGGUCUUUUGUGAUGCGGGCCCAGUUCUUCUAUAAGGACCUUAACUUUGUUCUGCAAGUCCGUGGCUGUUGCGGGUCACGGCUCACAUCACCUUCCAAACCUGUCCUUCUUCGAGGAGGAGGAGGACAACACUUAGCUCAGUAGGACUUUAUUGAAACACGGGCACAUGCAUCCUAGACACCAAAUGUAAACAUGCCAUGUGGAGCGACCCCUCACCACGCUUAAGGUGACUCAUGUAUGAUCUGCUGCUUGAUGUAUAAAUUUUGACGCUCAAGGUGCACCAACAUGGAGGGCGAUGUACCUGAUGUCCAGAAGGCAGCCUGUUUGGUCAUUUUGUUGCUCCUCUCCUGCCUCAUUGGAUUUCUCGUGGCAAGAAGCGUGUUGCUGUUUAAAAACGCUUCUACUCUUCACGGGGUUCCUAAAUGCCUUCCACGUACAAACUAUUUUCAGGCUCACUUUAACUUUAGAAGGCAAUAUCUGGAUGUCACAGUAUAAAUGAUCUCCAUCACAUGCCAGUAUACCACCUCUGUAGCAGACUACAUAGCUGUAUGUAUAUAAAGUGUACAUAAUAUUUCAGGAAUCUAUACCGUUCUGUAUUUAUGCAUUUUGUUUCUGAAAGCUAUUUUUAUCCACUGUUGUUUUUAAACCUGUACCUCGGCAUAUUACGCGUGUAUCGGAUAAAAGAAGGAUCACAAAA